GAACCUAUCAAGAAACCAAUGUUGAUGACCAGGGAUAAGGAAGUGAAACGUGAGGGAUUGGAGUCAUUUAAAUUGAUUCAAUGUUACAUGAGUGACAAAAAAUUAAAAGGAUUUACAAGAGAGACAGCCAUCUUAGAACUAACAACACGUGGUUGGAAGAAACCAAAGUUACGGGAUGAAAUAUUUAUACAAUUAUGCAAACAGACCACAGACAAUCGCAGAGAUGACAGCUUGAUGAAGGGUUGGGAAAUCAUUGCUGUUUGUUUGUCAAUCUUUCCGCCAUCAAGUCGAUUCUAUUCUUACCUAGAGGGUUACAUCUACAAACACUUAGAUGGAAAUUUCGAUACAAGAAAAGUUGAAGUAAGUCGAUAUGCUGCAUACAGCAUGAGAAAGCUAGAAAGGAUUUCACAAGCAGGAGCAAGAAAGGGGAACAAAAAGAUUACAACUGAAGAAAUUGAAAUAGCUAAGCGAUCUGUCUUCCAUCCAUCAAUGUUUGGCAGUAUGCUGGAUGAAGUCAUGGAGUUACAGAAGGAGAGGUUUCCAGAGCACAAGAUUCCAUGGGUGGUGACUGUGUUGUCAGAAGAGGUUCUGAAGCUAGGUGGUGACAAAACUGAAGGCAUAUUCAGAAUACCAGGCGACAUUGAUGAGGUGAACGCCCUCAAAGUGAAAUGUGACACAUGGAUGGAACCAUCAUGUAAGGAUCCCAAUGUACCAGCAUCAUUACUCAAACUGUGGUACCGUGAGUUGUACGAGCCCCUCAUACCAUUUGAACUCUAUGAACGUUGUAUCGAUUGCAAGAACACAAAAGAGGCAUUACAUAUUGUUAGCCAACUACCAGAAAUCAACCGACUGGUUCUGUGCUACUUCAUACGGUUUUUACAGAAAUUUGUCAAAGAAGAAACAGUAAGCUCAACUAAGAUGGAUGAAAAUAACCUGGCAAUGGUGAUGGCGCCAAACUGUUUACGCUGCGAUUCAGACGAUCCCACUAUCAUAUUUGAGAAUGCACGAAAAGAAAUGUCAUUCGUUAGGACUCUAAUACAAGAACUUGAUACAUCAUUUGUUGAUGACAUUGUAUGAGACAAUAAGAUACAUUAUGUUUACCAAUUGCAAUGAGAUAAUUUUAUCUCCUCAUGAAGAGUCAAGGCAAAUUGAUGAGAGGAAAGUUGGCAGUUUGACAAGCUGUCAAUGAGCAUAAAAACGAUAAUUAUCCUUUAAAGAAGAUGCAGGUGCAGGUAUGGGUUCUUAAAUGCAUGCAUUCCUGCUGGAGUGUGUGACUAUGUUCUCAACUGUAAGUCCUUGUUUCUUGCAGGUAACAUUAUUCUACUCAUAAGUCAAAUUCAUUGAAAAGAAAGUGAAGAAUGUUGCCAGACACAUAAUUUGCUGACCUCAAAGUACUGGUCACAUGUCUGCUGGUUACAUGGCGGCUGGUCACUUGACCGCUUUUCACAAUAUCCAUAGUAAAUUAUCAGUUUUCAGAAUGUUUUAAUGAAGUGUUGUGGCUUUGCAUGAGAGCAUCAAGAAACAGUCCAUGUCAAGUUGAACUAAAUUGCGUGUUUCCAGCACUGAUCUCCUGAAUAAUGGCUGGAUUGUUCAUUGCCUGGUUUUAGUGAAGCCACUGAUAUGUUGGGGAACGUCACAAACACGUCAUCACAGUGCAUAACCUUUGAACCGGUGUGAUGAUCACCAACAACUCUUCAUUGCUUGUGCUUCUAUAAACUGCACAAACAGGUACUUUAAAUGGUUAGAUGAUUUGAAAAGUCUUUUCGUAAAAUUUUUAAAAAUGUAUUGCAAGAAUCAUUAUUUUUAACAAUAAUUUAAACAAAUACCAAAAAAAUAACUUGUCUAGACUGGUACGUCACUUGGGCACGCCAUUCUCUCCUAUGGCGUCGGUGGCUUCACUUUUUUCUGUCCAAUGAUUGUCCAAUGAGCAAUCCUUCCAUUAUAAUAGAGAUCAGUGGUUUCCAGGUUUCCUUGUUUAAUUUUGUCAAUUUGAUGAGGAUAUUAAAUGUACGGGUUUCAUAAGCAAAAAAAUUAAACAAACCAUCAGGCUUUGUUGUCUUGUUUGUUUAAUUUUAGAUUCUGUUUUUUUCUUACUAUUUAAAUCUUGUUAGCAUUAACAUUCUGCCAUUAAAACAGAGGCUUAACAUGUUUGCCUUUUCUUUGCCAUGUGUUGUGCCAUAGAAUAUUUAAACCCUUUAAAUUCUGCUAGAUUUUUACACAAAAAAUUUUUAAUAUGUCAAGUGAUUUUCAAACAGCUGAUGAUUUAUAUAUGAAAUUUUUUUUUUUUUUGUUCAGUGCUGGAUUUUAUACUCGGAUAUCAUAUCUAUUGUUUACUACACUUACUAUUGCAGUAGAAUAUUUGUUGGGUGUUUGUGCACCCAUGUCUUCUGCUCAAAACCCCCCACAAACAUCCAUUCACCCUUCUUGCACAAAUGACAUCUUAUUUACAUACUAGUAUUUGUAACCUCCAUCUCCUGUGAUAAUAUUUAAUAGCUCUCUAGAGGGCAGCAUUUAAAGGUUCCUGUGAUGUCAUUGUUAGGAUUGGCCUUGCUUUUGAUUUUUGAUCAUAAUAAUGAUGUAUAAUCUUGCCCACAAAUUCUGCAUACUUAGCACUUUUACCCUUUGUAUGUAGAUGUGAUUUCCAAUUUGAUAAAAUUUUGUAGCACAAAUAACUUGUAUGAUAAAAUACCUAAGAUGGUAUAAUGUCAAAUUUUAUAUAAUUAAUGUGUAGAUUGAUGUCAAGUUAUUAUCUAUAUACAGUAAUUGUAUUCUGUGACUUGAUUUGUAUUCAAACGUUAGGGUUGCUUUUAUGAACAUUUCAUUGGUAAUGUGAAAAAAAAUGAAAAAAAACUUGGGGAAUGGAAGAUUGACGAAUGAGGGAUUAAAUCAUUUACAGUGGAAACCCUAAUUUAGGACACCCUUUCUGGGAUGUUUUUGGCCGCAGAAUGAGGAAAAAUAUGUUAGCAAAGAACAAUAACCUAAAGACUGCCAAAGAAUGGUUGAGAACACUAUUAAUCGGUGAUGAAGAGCAGAACAAAGAACACUUACAAGCCAUUGAGAAUGACCUAACCAAAGCUCAAUUAGUAUUCUACUAAUUAUGGAUGUGAAUAUGAAUAAAGUUACAGACCACAUAUGAAACUCCAAGUAUCGAAAUGCACUCCAUCGUAUCGGGAUUCAAUAUUUCGACAUUAAUUAUGUCAUCAUCAGGAAUUUACAGACCACAGUGGCAUAAUUUUCGGAAUCUAGGAGAAAUGAGAAUUCAGUCAGUUGUGCCAGAAUAGGUUAAAAUAAUAUGUGGGAUAAAAUUAUGGCCAUUUUACUAAUUAUGCAACACGGAGCUACAUACAGCAGUAUUUGUAACAUUUCAUAAUCAUGUCAGUUAGAAGUCAUAGCCAUAUUGAUGUGGCUAGUGACAUUUCAACAAUUUUAUAUAAAUUAAUAAUAAUAAUUGAGCACUUAUAUAGCACCGGUAUCUGUCUAUGGGAGAAACUGCUAAUAAUCAUUAAAAAAAACUUAAUACCAAAUAAAUAAGAUUAACAGGUUGUGUGUAUAGAAAUAUUUACAAAUUUGAAAAGGUGUUUUACAAAACUAAAAAAUACUGUAUUCACCAUUUAAAGAGAAGAGUAUGUUUAUAUCCUGGUAUUCUGUUAGAUAGCAUCUUUAUGUUACAGUAGGAGCUUUUCAUUUUUUAAGAAUACAUACCAUGCUUUUAGUCCUUUUUUUUAUUGAGAUUUAUACAUUUUAUUUUGGAACAGAUAUGUAUUUAAAAAAACAUUAGCAAUAACAUAAGCUAAGUACUUGUGAUUGUUUGUAUCCAAUAAUGAUAUGAUUUAGAUUAGUUUACAACUCAAUCAUUUGUUUCUUUGUAUUUAUUCAUUCCUGAAGUACAUUUUUUUCACAUUUUAUAAUUAUUUAUAUUUACAUUUGCCAUUUUGCUAUUGAACAUAAUUUUGGAUAAAAAAUAAAGAAGGUAAAUAGCCCUAAUUACAUUUUGUACUAUUUGUAUGCUUCCAGUUAUACUUUAGUAAAACAUACAGUUAUUAAAGAUGUAUUGUCCCUUGCUAAAUAACAAAAAAAAAAAUCAUAAAAUGUUUUUUUGAAAUUAACUUGCCCAUUUUGAUGUAACAUGAAAGUUAUCAAGUUGAACAUAGAAAUUGGUGUAUUUAAAAAAUGUCUACCCAUCAGUUUACAGAGAAAAAUGAUAGAAACAUUGCAAUAUGAGCAAGUUUAUUUCAAAAUUAUUUUUAUGAUUUUUUGACAUUAGCAAGGGACAAUACAUCGUUAAUGAAGUUAUAAAGGAUGCAAUAAAUAAAAUUAGCUUCAAAUGGAAGCUAAUAUAAGAAUCAUCUUCAGAUAUUUAGGAUUAGCCAAGAUUAAAGAGAUAAUGUGAGUGAACAUUGUCACUGAAAUAAUUUCAGUAAGAUGGAUACAACACUGUAUGUGUUAUAUAAAUAUGUGUUUAGUAUAGUAUUAAACUUAGAUCAGUAAGUUAUUGAUAUUAUAAUUUUUUUAGAUUAUUACUAUAUUCUACAUAUAUCUUAUUGUUAUUAAUAUUAUUAUAUUACAUUUAUUAUAUUAUUACCAGUUAAAAUGUGAUAUUAUAGCUAUUAAGUAUCAAUGCCAAGCUAAUUGUAAAUAAUUAUAUUCUUGGUUGUUCUUGCUCCAUUUUAUCUAUACAGUUGUGAAUAUGUAAUUAUGUGUAACUUAUUCCAUGUUUGUAAUCUUGUUGUUUUGUGCUAUGUUAACCACUGUACAAAUAUCCUUAAUAUCAUCAAUAAAUUGAUUUGCAAUAUUCCAAAUUGAAUAA